AUGUUUCCAGGCGAGCCGACUCUGACGCCGCCGCCGCGGUCCCCGGGCGCCGCCCCCGCCGCCGGCGACGCGAAAGCUCCCCCGGACGGUACCAGCUCCGAUAAGUCAUCUGAGACCGCAGUGGGCGGCGUGUCUCGUACGCCCAGCUCAGCCGGCGCGCUCUCCCGGAAGGAAAGCUACAAGGCCCAACGUCAGCACUACAGGAGAGAGAAGAAACGGGCCGCGUCAGCUCUGCUCCACUCCAUUGACGACCCCAGUGUGGUGGUGCUCGCUGACUGGCUCAAGGUUAGAGGAUCGUUGAAGUCAUGGACAAAGUUAUGGUGUGUGCUGAAGCCUGGGCUGUUGCUACUGUACAAGAGUCCUAAAGCCAAGAGUAGCCACUGGGUGGGCACUGUUCUCCUGACCUCGUGUCAGGUGAUCGAACGACCCAGCAAGAAGGACGGUUUCUGCUUCAAGCUCUACCACCCGCUAGAACAGAGUAUCUGGGCGCCGCGCGGCCCCCACAACGAGACUAUAGGAGCGGUGGUGCAGCCACUGCCGACCGCGCACCUCAUUUUCCGCGCGCCCUCACAAGCCGCCGGACACUGCUGGCUCGACGGACUAGAGCUCGCGCUAAGAUGCAGCAAUGCUAUGCUCAGGUGUUCAGCGUCGGCGGAGGCGGGCCGCGCGGCGGCGGCGGGCGCGGCGCCGGCCAGGGCCGACAUCUCGCACGAGGAGCUCGAGAAGCACUUCAAUGAGCACGAGCUAGCGGGCGCAGCAUCGGACUCGGACAGCUGCGGGUCCCGCAUGGCGGGCGCGGUGCUGGAGGCGGGCGCGGGGGGCGCGGGCGGCGCGGGGGGCGCGCGGGCCGUGCACGCUGCGCUGGCGCGGAUACACGCGCGGUACGUGGAAGACCAGGACCGCGACGUGGGGCAGGCCGGAGAACUGGUUGAGGAGGUGGCUGAGGAGAACAAGUCGCUGUUGUGGUUCCUGCUGAAGCAGGUCCGGCCUGGGAUGGACCUCAGCAAGGUGGUGCUGCCGACCUUCAUCCUGGAGCCUCGCUCCUUCCUGGACAAGCUGGCCGACAACUACUACCACGCGGACAUUCUGGCGCAGGCCUCAAACAUGUCGGACCCCUACGAAAGGUUCAAGUGCGUCCUGCGCUGGUACCUGUCGGGUCUCUACAAGAAACCCAAGGGUCUCAAGAAGCCCUACAACCCAGUGCUGGGGGAGACCUUCCGCUGCUGCUGGCGGAACCACCACGAUGACACGUACACCUUCUACGUAGCUGAACAGGUGUCACACCACCCGCCGGUGUCGGCGUUCUACGUGUCCAACCGGAAGGAUGGCUUCGUCAUAGAGGGCAGCCUACUGGCACGCUCCAAGUUUUACGGCAACUCAACGUCGGCCAUCUUGGAGGGCUGCGCACGAGUGCACAUCCUGCCGUGGGGCGAGACGUACGUCACCACCGCGCCCUACGCGCACUGCAAGGGCAUCGUCAUCGGGACGCUCAGCAUGGAGCUGGGCGGGAAGAUCCAUAUAAUCUGCGAACAGACAGGCUACCACGCCGAUGUGGAGUUUAAGUUGAGAUCGUUCCUAGGAAGUGCCGAGCAGACCAACGCCAUAAGCGGUCGCAUAAAGAAGGGGAAAGAUACAGUAGCCACGGUCGAGGGGUACUGGGACGGAAAGAUUGACAUUAAGGACAAGAAAACUGGGGAGGAGAGCAACCUGCUGGACGUGAGCGUGCUGAAGGAGCAGCGCCUGCGCCGCUACCUGGUGCGGCUGGCGGCGCAGCGCGACUACGAGUCGCAGCGGCUGUGGCUCAAGGUGUCCGAGGCCAUCGCCCAGGAUGACCAGGUUGCAGCGACGGAGGAGAAGACGGUGAUUGAGGAGGCUCAGCGCGCCCACGCCCGCGGGCUGGUGGCCGCCUGGGUGCCGCGGUACUUCCACAAGGACUCGUACACGCAAGCACCUGAAGGUAUCAUCGAUCAAGGAUGGAAAUAUAACCACAGCAACACAUCUGCAUGGCAAGCGGAGGAGUUAUUUGAAUGCGAGGAGGACUUCGUGAUCACGACCGUGCAGCAGGCGGGGGGCGGAGCCCGAGACGCCGUGCGCCUCCCACCCGGCUCCGACAGUGACACGCACGUCGAGCCGCGGCGCUCCAAGACUACCACGCGUACUUUGAAGCAGUCUCUAUACCAGAUCGACACGGCCCUCAGAGAGCAAACAUCAGCCAUAGAGAAACUAUCCAAAACGGUGGAGGCGUUAGAAGGCCAAAGGACCGUCAUGAGACCACAGAACGUGGGUAAUGUCAGCCACACUUCCCACUCGUGGGACAUAUUCGGCGGGUUCGUCCUAGCAAUAGUGUUGCAAGCCUUGCUAAACUGGAUUUUCCACCAAAAAGACUGAAACAAUGUUGCCAGCGAAGAGAAAAAUGGUAGGUUUGGUAGUUUUUUUUUAGUGACGCGAACAACGACCAAAUUUGUGGUAGAUUUAAGGUGUUAAGUGUCGAGAAAUUGUUCCAAUGUUCUGUUAGUGCAAGUAUUUUUAUUCUAUUCGGUUGAGCGAUAAGUGAUCUUGGACCAGUGUUCUAAGGUGUUAACUCCAACCGACCUCGACUCUGUCCUCAGUUGACGGUACCUUAAGGGUGUUGGGACCCUCUCUCAGCAACAAUAUAUGGCGUAAGUGUAGCCACACCAUUCGGUGAAGGAAAUUAUUAUUUAUGUCAUAGAUAUACUAAGCUAAAUCUGUCCUUUUUCCAUAGUGUUAUUAUAUGUAUGUAUUAUUAUUUAGUUAUGUGUAAUAUUCAUAUAUAUAUAUG